GAUUCUUUUUUGUUAUCAUUUUUACUCUCCUUUUUGUUGCUUACCUUACUAAAUUAAUCUCUGUAAUAUACCUACGUUGCUACAGCCAAGCUUGGAGAUGGAGGGUGGUUGGAAACAGAGCAUUGUGAAAGAAGUGAAGAAACAGCUUUAUCUUUCAGGACCUCUCAUUGCUAUUGGUCUGUUUCAGUACAGUUUGCAGUUGAUUUCUAUAACGUUUGUGGGUCAUCAUGGCGAGUUAGCCCUCUCAGCUGCUUCCCUUGCCACUUCUUUCGCAUCUGUCACUGGUUUCGCCUUGAUAGUAGGAGUGGGUACUGCAUUGGACACUUUAUGCGGGCAGUCAUUUGGAGCAGAGCAGUACCAUAUGCUUGGUGUAUACUCACAAAGAGCCAUGCUUGUUGUUUCCAUCAUCAACAUAUUCAUUGCUAUCAUUUGGGCAAACACGAAGCACAUUCUUAUUGCAGUCCACCAAGACGCUACAAUAUCAAGAGAAGCAGGACAGUAUAUCUUGUUCAUGAUUCCUGGUCUCUUUGCACAUGGCCUGCUGCAAUGCCUCAUCAAGUUCUUUCAAACCCAAAACCGUGUCUGUGGAAUGAUGUUGCUCUCUGGAAUUACGUCUUCCUUCCAUGCUAUUGUUUGUUUGUCCUUAGUAUUUAAAUCGGGGCUGAGCAUUAGAGGAGCUGCAUUGGCAAUAUCUGUCUCUUAUUGGCUAAAUGUACUGCUGUUAGCAUUUUACAUCAAGUUCUCCGCUUCAUUGACCGACACUUGGACUGGCUUUUCGAUUGAGGCUAUGCAUAACAUCUUCAGCUUCAUCCGAAUUUCCAUUCCUUCUGCUCUCAUGCCUUGCUUGAAGGUUUGGUCAUUUGAAUUAAUGAUCUUUCUCUCAGGACUUCUCCCUAACCCAAAGUUGGAAACCUCUGUGCUUGCUGUUUGCUUUAACACAGCUCAAGUGGUUUGGGUCAUCCCUUUUGGACUCAGUGCUGCAGUAAGCACUCGGGUCUCCAAUGAACUUGGUGCCGGCCGACCUAAAGCAGCAAGAGUGGCAGCAAAUGUUGGCAUAUUUAUGGCAAUUGCAGAGGGCUUAAUAGUUGCACUUAUCAUCGUACUGCUUCGGAAUGUUUGGGGCCGCGUUUUUAGCAAUGAAAAGGGAGUUGUAAAAUAUGUAGAAACAAUGGUGCCUAUUGUGGCCGCAUCCAGUUUCCUGGAUGGGAAUCAGACAGUACUCUCAGGAAUCGCUAGAGGCUGCGGCUGGAAAAAGAUUGGGGCAUGGAUCAAUCUGGGGUCUUACUACUUAGUAGGGCUGCCUGUUGCAUCAGUGUUUGCGUUUGUUCUACCCUUAAAAGCUAAGGGACUGUGGCUGGGUAUUGUGGCUGCAUUCUCUGUGCAGAUCUUGUUAUUCAUAAUCAUCACGAUUCGUGGUAAUUGGGAAAAACAGGCAAACAAGGCUGCUGGGAGAGUUAAUGCUUCGAAUAUUCCUGUGGCAGUGGUAUCUCAAGGCUAAAUUUUAGGAGUUGACUAAUA